CCUUUUUAAAAAAGUUGUUUACUUUUUCGGGAGAACUAUUUUAACUCGUAUUACCCACUGAUUAUGGAAGUUUUAAGGAAGAAAAUAGAGGCCUGUCUGCUUAUUUUGCACAGGAAUAAUGAAGGAGAUGCAAAUUGGUUAAAUGACCUGUGUGCCAUGCUAUUGGAAUAUGCCACCUUGGUCCACAGCUCCUUGUGCUCCCAAAAGCAGAAGGAGUCCUCGGAGCUGGUAUGCCUCUGCCUGAGCCAGAUACUUACCUGCAUUCGCCAGGUGGAAAACACCAUGAAACUGACGUGCGGCUCUUCCUUUUCGGCCAGCCAUCAGAACAUUUACUUCUUGGACCGCAUUCGGUGGUGUCUCAAACGCCUGUUGCAUAUCCACAGCGAAGGCUCGAACGGGGAUGCAGUUACUCCGGAACGCUCAUUCCUAAAUCUGGUGGAUUGUACCCUGGACACUUUGGCUCUGUUCACCUCCCACAAUGAGGAAAACACUGACCCCUCGGAUUUUCCGAAAACGCCACAGGAAGUCCUUUCCCACAGUCAAAAGUUGCGCGCCAACAUAGAUUUGAUUUUGGGUCAGUCCCUGGGAUUCGCUAACGUGGCGUUGUCGCAGGACAAACGAGCUCUUAGUGCCUUGUGCCAGAAGGUAAUCCGUGAGUGCAAUGCCUUCCAAGAGGAGUGCAAGGUGCCCAGUGCGUCCUACAAGUCCAUACUCAAGCUGAGAGCCAUGACUUUGGAGCAGGCGCUUUACCAAUUGGAGGACUUCAUCAACGAUGCAUUGCUGCGUCUGGUAUUCACCUGCUUCCUGGACUUUGAGAAGUUUUCGGUGGACAAAAUAAGAACCGUGCUGAGGAACAGCUCGGAAGAUGAUGCCAUGGCCGAUGAAUUUAUAGCCGACUUUGAUGUAAACAUCGAUCGGGCCACUCAGAUAGGCAUAUUUGCCAUUUCCUUUGCCCCUAACUUGAAAAUGAAAACCAUGAUGCGCAGCUGUCUGGCCUCCUUUGAGUCUCUGGACACCAGUUUGAUACCGUCUCUGCAGGCCCAUGGCUCCGAACUGCUUUCGGACAUCUUGGAGCAACACUUCAACGAGGAGGUGGCCAAGUUCAAGGCGGCGCUCCAGGAGAUCAUCGACAGCCGCGCCCUCCUUGGAUGCUGCUUGGAGAUACUGACGGCAGGAAUUAGUGCCACCGAGAAGCUGUUUGAUAAGCAGCGUUUGGAGGACUUGGCCCAAAUUUCCUUGUUGUUAGUCGAGCAUUUUCAACUGGAGGUCAAUCGAAAGGUGCUGGCCGACACGAAGGAGCAAGUGGGAGAGGAGUACUACCAGCAGUUCAUCCGGAUAUUGCGCGAGUGCAAGGCCGUUUUGAUGUGCGCAUCCCAGGUGGAGCCGCAGCGAAUUCUCAAGCGCUUCAAGAUCCUGCGCACGAUCUUGCGCAAGCUGCACGGCUGCCUAAGCCUUGGCCAGCAAGAAGAUAAGCUUCCCAAUGCUUUCGUAAACAUUUUAGUGGAUGAGACGAGCGACAAAAAAGGCGAUAAUAAAGAUUUAACCCAGUUCUCUGGCCUUACAACUCGCCGGGGCGGCAGUAUUCUCUACGACACAGAGCGUAGGACUAGAGUAAACAGAAUUAAGGACAAUAAGCUUACCAUAAAUACCUUGGACAUUAAAUCGGAAAAAUCCAAACCUAAUGGAAAUGUUCUGAGAAGAGAAAGCUUACGAACUGUUAUGUUCAAGCGCCAAAAUAUAGCUGAAAGCAGAAAACUGUACACCACGAUCAGCAAUCAGUCUACAGAUCUGGAAAUCACAGAUAUACUAGAGCAACUCACUGGAAUGUCUAAUGGGUACUUUGAAUGCUGAAGCAUUUUAACUAUUUGUACAUAACUUGAUAACUCGUUUAAUAUUUAAGAUCACAUAAUUUAAGAUUCGCAAGUUAAGAAUUCAAACGUAA